CUGCAUCUAGGUGACGUUGAACGCUCCUCGAAACGCGCGACCUCGACAAAAUUGAAGCACACCGGGACUCGUUCAGCGAUAGUUCCUGGCCAGGCGCCCGUGUCCACAAUGCCUCAAACAAUCCCCCCUCCUCACACGCCGCAAACUCAGGAUGCGAGCUUGCCAUCGCAAACCACUCCAGCUUACCAAGCUUCCCCUGCACCCGCUGCAGCUCCGCCAAAGACCACUCCAACCAAGUCAACACUAAAGGCUCUACCCACCGUAAGAGAUCAUACGACCGACCAGUUGAAUGAGACAGGCGACGAAUAUAUCCCUCGUGAAAUCGAUGAAUUUGGAGAGAAGAAGGUGAUGGCUAAUGGUCAGCUUCUCGGCAAUCGAACAUACCGAUGCAGGACAUUCUUGGUUCCCAACCGCGGCGACAAACUUUUCAUGCUUGCUACAGAGUGCGCUCGGGUUCUAGGCUAUCGCGACUCAUACCUCUUGUUCAACAAAAACAGGUCUCUCUUCAAGAUCAUUGCGAGCCAGGCUGAAAAAGACGACCUUGUCCAGCAGGAAAUCCUCCCGUUCUCGUAUCGAUCGAGGCAAAUAGCAAUUGUGACCGCGAGAUCUAUGUUCCGUCAGUUUGGUAGUAGGGUAAUCGAGAAUGGACGACGUGUCCGCGACGACUACUGGGAGCAGAAGGCCCGCAAACAAGGCUUCACAGAGGCCGAUCUUGCUGGGGAGAAGCGACCUGGCGCUGCCAAAGCAAGAGAAGCCGCCGAGGCGCAAAACAACGUUCUUAUGCCGAGCUCGCAUACAGAGAUUGUCUACAAUCACAGCCCUGGCGCCUACCCCGGUCCACCUCAACCACCACUCCUUCAAGCAGGAUCAGAUUUGAACGACAAUAGGCCGCGUGACUACAGUGGAAUUAUUAAAGGUGGUCCACGACAGGAAAUUACCGGCCCUCCAUACCAAGACCAGACCCGGCCCUCGCCCCUCGGUGAGAUUCACUCACAAGCUUCCCACGCAGCCGAUUUCAGCAGGUCCGUCAAUCAGCAACGGGAUAUGCGAGGUGACUAUCUUCAGGCUGUUUGGCGCCGUCCUCAUGAACAGCCGUCGUCCAACUUGAACCAACCCAACGACCCAGCUAUCCCGACCACGAGAUCUACUAACUCGCCUCAUACGACUACUUCGGGAAUCUCUCAGCCACCUGUUGUAUCGUCUCAGAGCCCGCAGAUGAUGAUGACGGCGCCUCCUUACUCACAGACAAUCCAUGCCCAGGCAGGCCAGGCGCCAAUUCGUGCAGGGUCCUCAAGUAGCAUCAGCCAAGCACCAAACUAUAACUACCAGUCCAGCCAAAAUAUGUGGUCGCAAGCCCCACAGACUCCCCAACACAGUUAUGGUAGCUACACAACACAAGCCCAGCCUCCCGCGCAGUCUCAGUCGCCAGCUUCUCACUUGCGACAGUCUGGCACCAGUCAGAUGCAACCGGGGAUGCAGUUUCCCGCAAUGGGCGGCAUGCAAUAUCCGGCCACAGGGGGGAUGUACUCAGCAGAGCAAACACCCAGGCAAUACUUACCACAGAGCACGCCUGCAAACCCCCAAGUCUCGCAGUCAUGGUCCGGGCAGCAUUCAUCACCUCAGCAGUGGUGGGGGACACCGCAACAGCCACAGUGA